GCGUGGCGCCCGCGGCGGGCGGGGCAUGGGACGGGGCAUGGGACGGGGCGGGGCGGGGCGGGGCGGUGGCCGCCUACCUCGGCCUGGCGGCGGCCUAGGCAAUGCCGCUGCUGGUGGACGGGCAGCGCGUCCGUCUGCCACGGUCCGCUGCGGAGCUGGUCCGAGCGCACCCGCUUCUGGAGGAAAGAGCCAGACUUCUCAGAGGUCAGUCUGUUCAACAAGUGGGACCCCAGGGCCUUCUGUAUGUUCAGCAAAGAGAGCUUGCAGUGACUUCCCCAAAGGAUGGCUCCAUCUCCAUUCUGGGUUCUGAUGAUGCUACCACUUGUCACAUUGUAGUCCUGAGACAUACAGGUAAUGGGGCAACCUGCCUGACACAUUGUGAUGGAUCUGACACCAAAGCUGAAGUCCCCUUGAUAAUGAGCUCCAUAAAAUCCUUCUCUGAACAUGCUGAGUGUGGAAGGCUGGAAGUACAUCUUGUGGGAGGCUUCAGUGAUGACAGGCAGCUGUCACAGAAACUUACUCAUCAGCUUCUUAGUGAAUUUGACAAACAGGAUGAUGAUAUUCACUUGGUGACAUUAUGUGUAACAGAAUUAAAUGACCGGGAAGAAAAUGAAAACCACUUUCCAGUCAUUUAUGGCAUCGCCGUCAACAUUAAAACUGCAGAGAUUUAUAGAGCUUCCUUUCAAGACCGUGGCCCAGAGGAGCAACUGCGUGCUGCAAGAGCUUUAGCAGGAGGCCCGAUGAUUAGCAUUUAUGAUGCAAAGACAGAACAACUUCGAAUAGGCCCGUGUUCCUGGACGCCAUUCCCACAUGUGGAUUUCUGGUUGCAGCAAGAUGACAAGCAAAUCCUAGAGAACCUUUCCACUUCUCCUCUGGCCGAGCCCCCUCACUUUGUUGAACAUAUUAGAUCUACCUUGAUGUUUUUAAAAAAAUUUCCAUCUCCAGAGAAUAUACUGUUUCCUGGAAAUAAAGCUCUCCUCUACAAAAAAAAUAAAGAUGGCUUAUGGGAAAAGAUCUCUCCAGGGAGCUAACAUCCGAUCAGAGUUACCGAAGAAUUCAACUUUUUGCCCCGAUAAAGAUGGUUGCCGGUUUGGAAUCUACAUCUGCUCACUCUUCCUUCUUCCUUCCCUUUUGUCUUUCAAAAUAAAACCUUAUUUUGGCAAAGGUAA